UGCAGAGUAAUUCACUUACCUGCAGGUCUCGGUUUUAAACUUACCGCUGCGGGGGAACGCUCCACCCCGCCUGUCAUUUCGCAAUGCGUGAAGCGAUAUGAUACGCAUGCGUCCUGGCGGGUUCUUCACGUAGUCACUCACGUCACUCCGAAGUAAAAUUCCAGAGAUUCACCACUCUCUGUGUAAAAAAUGUUUUUCUCAUCUCGGUCCUAAAAGACUUCCCCCUUAUCCUUAAACUGUGACCCCUUGUUCUGGACUUCCCCAACAUCGGGAACAAUCUUCCUGCAUCUAGCCUAUCCAACCCCUUAAGAAUUUUGUAAGUUUCUAUAAGAUCCCCCUCAAUCUUCUAAAUUCUAACGAGUACAAGCCGAGUCUUUCCAUUCUUUCUUCAUAUGAAAGUCCUGCCAUCCCAGGAAUCAGUCUGGUGAACCUUCUCUGUACUCCCUCUAUGGCAACAAUGUCUUUCCUCAGAUUAGGAGACCAAAACUGUACUCAAUACUCCAGGUGUGGCCUCACCAAGACCCUGUACAACUGCAGUAGAACCUCCCUGCUCUUAUACUCAAAUCCUUUUGCUAUGAACCCUGAACCAACAUCUCAAAACGGGGGAAGGGAAACUGUUGAACGCAGCGGCAGGCAAACGGGCGCGCGGAAAGGAGCCCGGUAACUUCAACAGACCAGAGGCCACACACACAAAUGUGACCUUUGCCACAGGGACUGUCACUCCCGCAUGGGUCUCUUCAGUCACAAGCAAUGCUGCUCCAGCCGAGGUUUGGAGGUACAGAGAUGAUUUAUGAGGAUAUUGCCAGGGCGAGAGGCUCUAAGCUACAGGGAGAGGUUGAGCAGGCUCGGACUCUAUUCCUUGGAGCGCAGGAGGAUGAGGGGUGAUCUUAUUGAUGUGCAUAAAAUCAUGACAGGAAUAGAUGGGGUAGAUGCACAGAGUCUCUUGCCCAGAGUAGGUGAAACGAGGACAAAAGGACAUAGAUUUAAGGUGAAUGAAAAAGAUUUAACAGGAACCUGAGGAGUAACUUUUUCACACAGAGAGUAGUUGUAUAGAACAAGAUGCCAGAGGAGGUAGUUGAGGCUGGGACUAUCUCAACGUUUAAAAAUAAGUUGGACAGGUACAUGGAUAGGACAGGUUUGGAGGGAUAUGGACCAAAUAUGGGUAGGUGGGAAUAGUGUACCUGGGACAUGUUGGCCGGUGUGGGAUAGAGAGAGAGGGAAUGUCGGGGUAAAUUGAAAUUUGAGAAUAUUCAUACCACUGGGCAGUAAGCUGCCAAUUCCUUUUCUCCAGAAAUGCUGCCUGACCCGCUGAAUUAUUCCAGCACUUUGCAUCUGUCUCCAUCAACUAUACGUAACUUAGACACAAAGAGCUGGAGCAUCACAGUGGGACAGGCAGCAUCUCUGGAGAGAAGGGAUGAGUGACAUUUCGCGUCGAGACCCUUUCUUCAGGUCUGAAGGAGGGUCCUGACCCGAGAUGUCACCCAUUCCUACUCUCCAGAGAUGCUGCCUGUCCCACUGAGUUACUCCAGCUUUUUGUGUCUAUCUUCGGUUUAAACCAGCAUCUGCAGGCCCUUCCUACACUAAACCUAACUUGAUCCCUGCAAUGUAAGACUACAUCUCCCAACAUGCCUCGUCUCGUCUCUUGGAGACGAAAAAACUCCCAUCCCAUAGGCAGUCGGUCGCUUCUCAUCCCCCUCUCAGUAUCUUGAGCCGCGUUUGGCUGUGGAAGGGAGGGGCGUCACAGCGUGUCUGGGGCAGGGUUAAAACAAGCGAGGAGCGGGUUUGACUGUGAGUGCAAGGAGGCGCUGCGAACAGCGCUCUGCGAGUCUGCAGCUCCUAAAGUGGAAGUUUUACAACUAAACCGCUCGCUAUCUCUGACAGAACUCCAGGGAUCUAUUUGCCAACAAAAAAAUCUACAUAAUAGAACUCCAACUGAAAAACAAAAAAAAAAUCUUCCUUUGGGAAUCUGGGCGGCUUGUUCCACUGAAGGAAGAUAUAGCGGCAAGCAGUCAAUAGAAAUGCUUUGAGUACCAUGAGCUCUCGUUAGCGUGCCGUGCGCUGACCAUGGCGCCACGGAAGCGGAGCCGCCAUGUGCUGGGAUUCCUCUGCUGCUUCCGGAGCAGCGAGCACCCGGAGAUCACCUUCAAGGACAGCAGCGUGCCCUUGCAGCUCCUGGAGUUCUCCCUGCCCAUCCCACCCGCCGACGAGCUCAACGCCAGGUUUGCCGAACUUGUUGAUGAGUUGGACCUCACGGACAAGAAUCGAGAUGCCAUGUUUGCACUGCCAGCGGAGAAGAAGUGGCAGAUCUACUGCAGCAAGAAGAAGGAACAAGAUGACCCGAACAAGCAGGCUACCAGCUGGCCCGAUUACUACAUUGACCGCAUCAACUCCAUGGCUGCAAUGCAGACAGUGUUUGCUUUCGAUGAAGAGGAGAUGGAAAUGAGGAACACAAUUGUGGAGGGGCUCAAGACAGCCUUGAGGACACAGCCAAUGAGGUUCGUGACGAGGUUUAUCGAGCUGGACGGGCUGACGUGCCUGCUGAACUUCCUGAGGAGCAUGGCCCACGACACGUUGGAGAGCCGCAUUCACACAUCCGUUAUAGGGUGCAUCAAGGCUCUGAUGAACAACUCCCAGGGGCGGGCCCACGUGCUGGCCCACCCGGAGAGCAUCAACGUCAUCUCGCACAGCCUGCGGACGGAGAACGUCAAGACCAAGAUCGCCGUGCUGGAGAUCCUGGGGGCCGUCUGCCUGGUGCCGGGGGGCCACAAGAAAGUACUGCAGGCAAUGUUGCACUACCAGAUCUAUGCCUCGGAGAGAACCCGCUUCCAGACGUUGCUGAACGAAUUGGACAAGAGCACUGGAAGAUACAGAGAUGAGGUCCACCUGAAAACUGCCAUCAUGUCCUUCAUCAACGCUGUGCUGAACGCCGGAGCUGGAGAGGACAACCUGGAAUUCCGACUGCACCUGCGGUAUGAGUUCCUCAUGCUGGGAAUUCAACCCGUAAUCGACAAGUUGCGGAGCCACGAGAAUGCAACAUUAGACAGGCACUUAGACUUCUUUGAGAUGGUCAGAAAUGAGGAUGAGAAUGAACUGGCAAAACGACUAGACAUGGUCCACAUCGACACCAGGAGCACGAGUCAGAUGUUUGACCUAAUCCGGAAGAAGCUGAGUCACACGGACGCCUACCCACACCUGGUUUCAGUGCUCCAGCAUUGCCUGCAGAUGCCCUGGAAGAGGAACGGAACCAACAGCCAGCACUGGCAGCUCCUCGACAGGAUACUACAGCAGAUCGUGCUGCAGGAUGAGAAGGGGGAAGACCCUGACGUCGCGCCGCUGGAGAACUUCAAUGUCAGGAACAUCAUCCGCAUGUUGGUGAACGAGAAUGAAGUUAAGCUGUGGAAGGACCAGGCGGAGAAGUUCAGGAAAGAACACAUGGAACUGUUGGCCAGGUUGGAGAGGAAGGAGAGGGAGUGCGAGACCAAGACGCAGGAGAGGGACGACAUGAUGAGGACGCUCAACAAGAUGAAGGACAAGCUCCAGAAGGAGUCGGUGGAGCUGCGGCACGCACGAGACCAAGUGAUGGAACUCAGCGCACGUCUCAAUGACCUGGCGGAGGCGAACGGAUUCGGCCUCUCCUUCCCCCUGCCCCCUCCCCCCCCCGGCGGCCCCCUCCCCCCCCCUCCCCCUCCCCCGCUCCUGGGCGACCUCCCCCUGCCCACCCCCCCCCUGCUGCUGUACGACUUCCCGCCGCCCCCUCCCCCGCCCCCACCCCCCGGCGCACCCCCCUUCUUCAACUGCCCCAUGCCCCCACCGGCCUGCCUGCUCACCACCGGCAGCAUGAGAAGGAAGGCCAUCCCACAGCCGUCUCACCCACUCAAGUCCUUCAACUGGCACAAGCUGGCAGAGAACAGAAUCGGUGGCACGUUGUGGUCCGAGAUCGAUGACCUCCGAGCUUUCACCGUCCUGGACUUGGAGGAUUUUGAGAAGAUGUUCUCUGCGUACCAGCGACAACAGAAGGAGCUCGGCUCCAACGAGGACCUCUACCUCACCAUCAGGAAGGUGAAGGAGCUGUCAGUAAUCGACGGGCGCCGGGCCCAGAACUGCGUCAUCCUGCUGUCGAAGUUGAAGCUGUCUAAUGAGGAGAUUAAGCGCGCUAUCUUGCAAAUGGAUGAACAGGAGGACCUGCCCAAGGAUAUGCUGGAGCAGCUCCUCAAGUUCGUGCCAGAGAAGAGCGAUGUGGACCUUCUGGAGGAACACCGGCACGAGACCGAGCGCAUGGCCAGGGCGGACCGCUUCCUCUACGAGAUGAGCAGGAUCGACCACUACCAGCAGCGUCUACAAGCCCUGUUCUUCAAGAAGAAGUUUGCCGAGCGACUCGCUGAAGCAAAGCCAAAGAUCGAAGGAAUUCUUCAGGCUUCCAAAGAGCUGUGUCAGAGCAAGAGGCUGAAACAGCUGCUGGAGGUGGUGCUUGCCUUUGGGAACUACAUGAACAAAGGCCAGAGGGGGAACGCUUUUGGCUUCCGAGUUUCCAGCCUCAACAAGAUCGGAGACACCAAAUCAAGCAUCGACAGGAGCAUCACGCUUUUACACUAUCUGAUCAUGAUCUUUGAAAAGAACUACCCUGAGAUCCUCAACAUCCACGUGGACCUGCUCCAUGUCCCAGAUGCAGCUAAAGUGAACUUGGCAGAAUUGGACAAAGAAAUCAACAAUCUAAAGAAUGGCUUGAAGGCUUUGGAAUCUGAGCUGGAGUAUCAGAGGAAUCGCACGCGGACCUCCGAGGACAAGUUUGUUCCGGUCAUGAGCGACUUCAUCACUGUGGCCAGUUUCAGCUUCUCCGAGAUGGAGGACCUCCUCGCUGAGGCGAAAGAUAAGUACUCCAAGAUGCUGAAGUACUUCAGCGAGGAGGAGGCCAGGAUGCAGCCGGACGAAUUCUUCGGCCUGUUCGACACGUUCCUGCAGUCGUUCAGCGAAGCCAGGCACGACCUGGACAACAUGAGGCGGAAGAAGGAAGAGGAGGAACGGCGGGCUCGAAUGGAGGCCAUGCUGAAGGAGCAGCGGGAGAAGGAGCGCAGGCUGAAGAAGUCUCGGGCGGGCAGCGUGUCGGAGGAGGUGGGCGAGUUCGAUGACCUGGUGUCGGCGCUGCGCUCCGGGGAAGUGUUCGACAAGGACCUGUCCAAGCUGAAACGCAGCCGCAAACGCUCGGGCAGCCAGCUGCUGGAGAACAGUAGGGAGAGAGCUGUCAGCAAGCUGAACUACUGAGCUGUGUCACCACACACACUCACACACACACACACACACUCGCAACACUGACACACACGUACUCACACACACACACAC